AUGCCCGUUGAAGAAAUGAAACCGAUCCCCGUGGCGAGUAUGGCGUCCGCAAUAUCGUUUGGGUGUUCAAAUUCGGUGAUCCAGAUGGGCGUGAACAACGGCUCGGUCAUUAACCACUUCCACAUGCCUAUUGAAGAAAUAAAAGAGAUAAACACUAGGCCUUGUGAUCAAUCUCAAGCCCACUAUAUUAUUCCAUCCUUAGAAAAUCGCCAUUUCACUGGCCGUGAAUCUACGCUAGAUGAGCUUAAACAGAAGCUAUUUCUGCAACCGAAUACUGAAAAAAUAGCCCUAUUCGGACUAGGUGGCAUCGGCAAAACCCAAGUUGCUCUUCAGCUUGCCCGCUGGGCGAAAACGCAUAUACAAGACUGCUCUGUUUUCUGGGCUCCUGCCCUUAGCCUCGAGAGUUUUGAGCAGGCUUGUUCGCAAAUUGCGAGGAGCUUUAAAGAGCUUCAAAUUCAUCAGAAUCCAGACGAUGAAAGUGCGAUGGAAUUAGUACACCGACAGCUAAGCUCUGAUAAAGCCGGAAAGUGGCUUUUAAUUGUCGAUAAUGCUGAUGACGUGGACUUGCUUUUCGAUGAGCUUGAUCAGUAUUUCCCUGCUAGCAAGAAAGGUGUAACUUUGCUCACUACUCGUUCCCAUGAGGUGGCGGUAUCUUUCGCAGGAAGGGAUACAGUUGAGCUCCAAAAGAUGACAACGGAGGAAGGGAUUGCUUUUCUUACUAAGAUUGUAGGAGAAGACUCGCUUUGUGGCCAAAAAUCCACGAUGCAAUUACUAGAGGAGCUGAACUUCCUACCUCUAGCUAUUGCACAGGCGGCUUUCUAUAUUUGUCGAAAUAAUGGAACGACCACACGGUACCUCGAGCUUAUGUAUAAAACCGAAAAAGACCGGAUGCGUCUAGCGAGCAGAGAGUUCCACGAUAGCACUCGCUACCGCAAAAUGCCAAACGCGGUGACUACCACAUGGCUUAUCUCAUUUAAUCAGAUCAAGGGUGCUGAUCCCUCUGCUGCUGAUUUGUUGGGAUUUAUUUCUUACCUUGAGCCAAAGGCAAUCCCGCGAUCUGUUCUUCCCACCCUCGGUUCGGAAGAAGAGAUAGAGUCUGCAAUUGGUACGCUGUGUGGCUAUGGAUUUCUGUCCAGGAGGGAUAACGAGGAUAUGUUUGAUAUGCAUAGCCUCGUACAGCUAUCAACACGAGUGUGGAUAUCAGAGGCACAGAAGACACAACAGAUUAUCGCGACCGUGACGCAACAUAUAGACAAGUGUUUUCCAUCUGAUGAAUACACAAAUCGUGAGACAUGGAGGAUUUUGCUACCACACGCCCUUAAAAUUCUCAGGAGAGAGGAAAAUAAAGAUGUUAGUGAGAGGUAUAGCUUACUUUCCAAGGUUGGAAAUUGCGUUCUAGCAGAUGGCCGAGCAAAAGAAGCUGUCACUCUUUUUGGGGAUGUGUGUGCAUGGAAUGAAAGCCACUAUGAUGAAGAACAUCCCUCUCGACUGGCGUCUCAGCACGAACUCGCACGGGCAUAUCAAUCCAACGGGCAGAUCAAGCAAGCUAUGGAGAUACUCGAGCAUGUGGUCACGGUAAAAGAGAGAAUGCUUGAUGAAGAACAUCCUGAUCGACUGGCGUCUCUGCACGAACUCGCAAUAGCAUAUCAAUCCAGCGGGCAGAUCAAGCAGGCCGUGGAGCUACUCGAGCAUGUGGUUGCGGUAGAAGGGAGAACGCUUGAUGAAGAACAUCCUGAUCGACUGGCGUCUCGGCACGAACUCGCAAUAGCAUAUCAAUCCAAUGGGCAGGCCAAGGAAGCCAUGGAGCUACUCGAGCACGUGGUCGCGGUAAAAGAGAGAAUGCUCGAUGAAGAACAUCCUGAUCGACUGGCGUCUCGGCACGAACUCGCACGUGUAUAUCAAUCUAACGGACAGAUCAAGCAAGCUGUGGAGCUACUUGAGGACGUGGUCGCGGUAAAAGAGAGAAUGCUUGAUGAAGAACAUCCUGAUCGACUGGCGUCUCGGCACGAACUCGCACGUGUAUAUCAAUCUAACGGACAGAUCAAGCAAGCUGUGGAGCUACUUGAGGACGUGGUCGCGGUAAAAGAGAGAAUGCUUGAUGAAGAACAUCCUGAUCGACUGGCGUCUCAGCACGAACUCGCAAUUGCAUAUCAAUCCAACGGGCAGGCCAAGGAAGCCAUAGAGCUACUUGAGCACGUGGUUGCAGUAAAAGAGAGAAUGCUUGAUGAAGAACAUCCCUCUCGACUGGCGUCUCAGCACACUCUCGCAUGGGCAUAUCAAUCCAACGGACUGAUCAAGCAGGCCAUAGAGCUACUCGAGCACGUGGUUGCGGUACAAGGGAGAACGCUUGAUGAAGAACAUCCUGAUCGACUGGCGUCUCAGCACGAACUCGCACGGGCAUAUCGAUCCAACGGGCAGAUCAAGCAAACCAUAGAGCUACUCGAGCAUGUGGUCGCGGUAAAAGAGAGAAUGCUUGAUGAAGAACAUCCUGAUCGACUGGCGGCUCAGCGCGCUCUCCAAGACAUAAACCAGUCGAUCAAAGUUGAGAUCAUGGAGAACACGUUCUCAUCAUCUCCCACUGAUAUUGGGACUGGAACUUAA